AUGUCUAUGGAAGCCGCCAGUCGUGUGUAUCUCUUUGGAGACCAGACUGCGGAUUUCGACUCCGGCCUUCGCCGCCUGCUGCAUGCCAAAAAUGACUCGUUGCUGGUAGCUUUUUUUCAAAAAUCCUAUUAUGCAUUGCGCAAAGAGAUAACCUCACUGCCUCCCUCUGAGCGAGCAGCUUUCCCUCGCUUUACUAGCAUCGUCGAUCUUCUCGCAAGAUAUCGCGAAUCAGGACCCAACCCGGCGCUAGAAAGUGCUUUGACAACAAUUUACCAGCUCGGAAGCUUCAUCCACCACUAUGGAGACUUAGGUCACGCCUAUCCGCGUGGUAAUGAGAACUUCAUUGUUGGUCUUUGCACGGGGCAGCUUGCAGCUGCCGCGGUCAGCUCCUCGAGAACUGUCGGAGAACUGAUUCCCGUUGGUGUUGAGACGGUGGUUCUUGCCUUGAGACUUGGGACAUGUGUUCUGAAGGUGCAGGAGCUCGUGGAACCGAGCAAGUCUGCCUCAAGCUGGUCCGUAUUGGUUUCUGGCAUGCGCGAGAAUGAAGCCCAAGACCUAAUUCAGCAAUUCGCGAAGAAGAAUGUUUUGCCUCGUGUUUCGCAGCCUUAUGUUAGCGCAGUUAGCCCCAACGGACUGACUAUCAGUGGCCCUCCAGCCUUGCUUGGUCGCUUCAUUGAAGCCUCACUCUCAAAGGAUAACAAGCCUAUCAGAGUACCCAUCCAUGGCCCUUACCACGCCUCACAUCUGUAUGACGACAAGGAUGUUAGCCGAAUCAUGGAGACCUGGCCUAGUGCGCAGUUCAGAAGCUAUGUGCCUCAAAUCCCAGUACUCUCGAGCGAAACCGGCAAAGAGCUUCAAGCAGAGAGUCUUGAGCAAUUGCUGCAGGUUGUCCUGAGGGAGAUCCUUCAACGACAGCUUUGUUGGGACAAGGUCAUUGAAUCAUGCCACUCGACUUUGGAAACUGCGACACAAUGUACUAUCUCCCCGAUCUCGAGUACAGCAACCCAGAGCCUUUUCAGCGCACUGAAGAAAACAAACACCUUUACCCUUGAAGUGGACAGCUCGAUCGGUGAUGUACAACUGGAGACCGAAAGCGACAACCGCACUGGUCGCUCUGAGCAAUCCAAGAUUGCAAUCAUUGGUCUCUCUGGGCGAUUCCCCGAGGCCCCUGAUACCGAGGCAUUUUGGGAUCUUCUGAAGAAGGGUCUUGAUGUUCAUCGUGAAGUCCCCCCUGAGCGUUGGGAUGUUAAGGCUCAUGUUGAUAUGGACGGAAAGACGAGAAACACCAGUCAGGUCCAGUACGGGUGUUGGUACAAUGACGCUGGGAUGUUCGACCCACGGUUCUUCAAUAUGUCGCCCCGCGAAGCACUUCAAGCGGACCCGGCUCAACGUCUAGCCCUUCUCACUGCAUAUGAGGCUUUGGAGAUGUCAGGUUUCAUCCCCAACAGCACUCCCUCUACACAGAAGAAUCGGGUUGGUGUCUUCUAUGGCAUGACCAGUGAUGACUAUCGUGAGAUCAACAGUGGUCAGGACAUUGAUACUUAUUUCAUUCCUGGUGGCAACCGAGCAUUCACACCUGGCCGCAUCAACUACUACUUCAAGUUUAGUGGUCCUAGUGUCAGUGUAGACACAGCUUGCUCUUCCAGUCUUGCAGCAAUUCAUGUUGCCUGUAACUCACUGUGGAAGAACGACUGUGACUCAGCUGUGGCUGGUGGUGUCAACAUCCUGACCAACCCUGACAACCACGCUGGUCUCGACCGUGGUCAUUUCCUUUCCAGGACUGGAAACUGUACCACCUUCGAUGAUGGUGCCGAUGGAUACUGCAGAGCAGAUGGAAUUGGAUCUAUCGUGUUGAAGAGACUUGAAGAUGCUCAAGCCGACAAUGAUCCCAUCUAUGGUAUCAUUGGCGGGGCCUACACCAACCACUCGGCUGAGGCUGUUUCGAUCACUCGGCCUCACGUCGGUGCCCAGUCGUUUAUCUUUGACAAACUUCUCAAUGAGUCCAACACUGAUCCCAAAGAGAUCAGCUAUAUUGAGAUGCACGGCACUGGUACCCAAGCGGGUGAUGCGGUGGAAAUGCAGUCUGUUCUCGAUGUGUUCGCUCCUGACUAUCGUCGUGGACCAACCCAAUCCCUUCACCUCGGUUCAGCCAAGGCAAAUGUUGGCCACGGAGAGUCCGCAUCAGGUGUCACAGCACUGAUCAAGGUCUUGAUGAUGAUGCGAAAGAACAUGAUUCCUCCUCACUGUGGUAUCAAGACCAAGAUCAAUCAAGGCUUCCCGACAGACUUCCCCCAACGCAACGUUCAUAUCGCCAUGCAGCCUACCCCCUGGAACAGACCCGAAGGUGGUAAGAGAAAAACUUUCGUCAACAACUUCUCAGCUGCUGGCGGUAAUACUGCUUUGCUAGUCGAGGAUGGUCUUGUUGACGAGAGGGUUGUGCAAGACUCUCGGUCUGUUCACCCCGUGCUUGUCUCCGCCAGAUCACAGUCUGCCUUGAAGAACAACAUUUCUGCUCUUGUUCAGUAUAUUGACACAAACAAAAAUUUGUUUAACGUUCGGGAACCCAGCCUCUUGGCCGAUCUGUCAUACACCACCACGGCCAGACGUAUCCACCAUCCCUUCAGAGUGGCUGUCACUGGCUCGACUUUGGAUGAGGUCAGGAGUGCACUGGCACCUAUCGUCAAUCGUGACAGCAUCGCUCCAUCCCCAGCUAUUGCCCCUGGUAUUGGAUUCGUCUUUACUGGACAGGGUGCUCAGUAUGCAGGAAUGGGCCGCCAAUUGUUCGAGAGUUGUUCACAAUUCCGCGCUCAUAUUGAGCACCUGGACCGCAUUGGACAGAGCCAGGGAUUCCCCUCCAUCAUUUCUUUGAUUGAUGGAAGUGUCCCCAUCGAGGAACAUAGCCCAGUUGUGACUCAGCUUGGUACUACCUGCGUUCAGAUGGCUUUGACCAAGUACUGGACUUCUUUGGGUGUUACCCCCAGCUUUGUCCUUGGACACAGUCUCGGCGAAUAUGCUGCCAUGAACGCCGCCGGUAUUCUCACAACUAGUGACACAAUCUACUUGACUGGACGUCGUGCUCAGCUCCUCACCGAGCAAUGCCAAGUUGGAACCCACGCUAUGCUUGCAGUCAAGUCUUCAGUGGCACAGGUCAAACAAUUCCUUGAUGAUGCUAGUGAAGUCGCUUGUAUCAAUGCUCCCAGCGAAACUGUCAUUAGCGGUGCGAGUGAGAAGAUUGACCAGCUUGCACAAACCCUUUCGAACGAAGGGUUCAAGGCUACAAAGUUGAAGGUUCCCUUUGCUUUCCACUCCGCUCAGGUUGAACCUAUCCUCGAGAAUCUUGCUGAGAUUGCCAAGGGACUUACUUUCAAUGAGCCUUCGAUUCCUUUCGUGUCAGCCCUUCUCGGCGACGUCAUCAAGGAUAAGAACAGCGACGUGCUUGGCCCUGAAUAUCUCACGCGACACUGUCGAGAGACCGUCAACUUUUUGGGAGCCCUUGAGGCCACCCGCCAUUCCAACCUGAUGAACGACAAAACUCUUUGGGUUGAGAUUGGCUCGCAUACCGUCUGCUCUGGAAUGGUAAAGGCAACUUUCGGUCCUCAGGCAACCACACUUGCAUCUCUCCGUCGCCAGGAGGAUACAUGGAAAGUUCUGUCGAGCAGUCUUUCAUCCUUGUACCUUUCGGGUAUUGAAAUCUGCUGGAGGGAAUAUCACCAGGAUUUCUCGGCUGCUCACAGCGUUCUCCCAUUGCCUUCUUACAAGUGGGACCUCAAGAACUAUUGGAUUCCCUACACCAAUAACUUCUGUCUUCUCAAGGGUGCCCCAGCGGCACCUGUCACUCAAGAUGCUCCUGUUUCGACUUUCCUGUCGACGGCGGCCCAGAAGGUUUUGGAGACCACCGGUGACAGUUCGUCGGCAAUGAUCGUCAUUGAGAACGACAUUGCUGACCCUGAAUUGAACCGCGUCAUUGCAGGCCACAAGGUCAACGGGGCUUGCCUCACCCCGUCGUCCUUGUAUGCCGACAUUGCCCAGACACUGGGUGAAUAUCUUGUUCAAAACUACAAACCCGAGUGGAAGGACCGCGGGUUUGACGUUUGCAAUGUCAUUGUCCCCAAGCCUUUGAUCGCGAAGGGUGGCAAACAACUCUUCCGCGUUUCAGCCAACGCGAACUGGGCAGAUGAAACUGCUAAGGUACAGGUCUGGUCCGUCACCCCCGAGGGCAAGAAGAUUCUCGACCACGCUAGCUGCACUAUCAAGUUCUUUGAGCCUGCCAGCUAUGAGCUUGAGUGGAAGCGUAGCUCGUACCUCAUCAAGAGAAGCAUCGAGCACCUCCAAGAGAGCACGAUCUCCGGCCAAGCUCACCGCAUGAAGCGAGGAAUGGUCUACAAGCUCUUUGCAUCCCUGGUGGAUUACGACGAGAACUACAAGUCCAUUCGCGAAGUCAUCCUAGACAGUGAGCAGCAUGAAGCUACUGCUCUCGUCAAGUUUGAGGCUCCUCGUGGCAACUUCCACCGCAAUCCUUUCUGGAUCGACAGUAUUGGUCACUUGUCAGGGUUCAUUAUGAAUGCUAGUGAUAACACUGACUCCAAGAACCAAGUCUUCGUCAACCAUGGCUGGGACUCGAUGCGUUGUCUGAAGAAGUUUGACCCCUCUGUCACUUACCGGACAUAUGUGAGGAUGCAGCCCUGGAAGGAUUCUAUCUGGGCAGGUGAUGUCUACAUGUUUGAUGGUGACGAUAUUGUCGCCGUCUAUGGUGGUGUCAAGUUCCAAGCAUUGGCCCGAAAGAUCCUUGAUAUGGCUCUUCCUCCUGCUGGAGCUCCUGCCUCGAAGCCGGCUGCUAAGCGUGCCGCCCCUGCUCCUAUCAACGUUCAGAAGGCGCAAAAGAAAACCCCAAAGAAGUCUUCUACACCAAAAUCCUCAGCACCGAGUCUCGCUUCGCGUGCUCUUGCAAUCCUUGCCGAGGAGGUUGGGCUUUCAGCGUCUGAGAUGACCGAUGAUCUGAACUUUGCUGACUACGGAGUGGAUUCCCUCCUCUCGCUGACUGUCACUGGUCGAUACCGCGAGGAAAUGGAGCUCGAUCUUGACUCCUCUGUCUUCGUUGAUCAACCAACUGUCACAGACUUCAAGCGGCUUCUGGCUCAAAUGAGUCCUGCCGAUAGUACUGAUGGAUCUAGUAGCGAGGGUGAUAUGUCCUCUGCCGCAUCUUCGACAGACAUCUCCUCUCCAAACUCUAGUGGUCUCCCAACUCCUACCCACGAAAAGUCAAUGACCCAUGGAGCCCAGGAAGAGAACGAAACCAUGAAGCACAUUACCUCGAUCCUGGCCGAGGAGAUCGGUGUUGCACCUGAAGAGCUAGAUGGCGACGCUAAUCUUGGUGAGAUGGGUCUGGACUCACUGAUGUCCCUUACGGUCCUUGGUAAGAUUCGUGAGGAGUUGGACAUGGACCUCCCUGGAGAGUUCUUCAUUGAGAACCAAACCCUCGAUGAAAUCGAGACUACCCUUGAUUUGAAGCCCAAGUCCAAGCCUGCCCCCGUGGAGCCAAUCAGAUUCCCGGAGCAAAUCACCGUGCAAGCCCCAAAGGCCCCUUCAAGCACCUCUGUUCAGCACCCACCGGCGACUUCCAUCCUCUUACAAGGAAACCCAAAGACGGCAACACAGAAGCUCUUCUUGUUCCCUGAUGGAUCUGGCUCGGCUACUUCUUAUGCCACCAUCCCUGGCGUAUCUCCCGAUGUUUGUGUCUACGGACUUAACUGCCCGUACAUGCGUACCCCGGAGAACCUCAAGUUUAGCCUUGACGAGCUGACAGCCCCCUACGUUGCUGAGAUCCGUCGUCGUCAGCCAACAGGGCCGUACAACUUUGGUGGCUGGUCUGCUGGUGGUAUCUGCGCCUACGACGCCGCGCGUCAACUGAUCUUCGAAGAGGGCGAGCGAGUCGAGCGCCUGCUCCUCCUAGACUCACCGUUCCCCAUUGGCCUGGAAAAGCUUCCCCCUCGUCUUUACAGCUUCUUCGACACAAUCGGUCUGUUUGGCGAGGGCAAAGCGCCUCCUCCCAAGUGGCUUCUGCCUCACUUCUUGGCCUUCAUUGACUCCUUGGAUGCUUACAAGGCAGUGCCAUUCCCUUACUCAGACCCCAACUUGGCCGACAAGCUUCCGAAGACCUUCUUGGUCUGGGCUAAGGAUGGUGUCUGUUCUAAGCCCGGCGAUGCCCGACCUGCACCUGCUUCUGAUGGGAGCCCAGAUCCCCGAGAGAUGCUGUGGCUGUUGAACAACCGUACUGAUCUUGGACCAAAUGGCUGGGAUACGCUUGUUGGCCCCAAGCACGUCGGUGGCAUCACUGUUAUGGAGGGUGCCAACCACUUCACCAUGACACGGGGCGAGAAGGCUAAAGAAUUGGCUACAUUCAUCGCCAAGUCUAUGGCCUCGGUCUAA